CGGACGCUCUUUAAAUAGUGGCUCCGCCGGGACCUCCGCAGCUCAGUGACCGGACCUCCGCAGCGCAGCACCCGGCUCCAGACGCCCCUCGCCGGCUCUCCUCCUCCUCCUCCACCUGCUCCUCCCGUUGGAUGGAGCCGCUCCGCCGUCCCGCCGCCCGCCGCCGGGACUGAACCCGCUCCCGCGGCUCCGUGUGCCGGCGCCCAGGGGGGAACCGCCGGGUCCGCUCCCCGUCCUCUCCGCUCCCCCGCCGCUCUCAGGUCCCAUGCGAUUCUUCAGACUCACAUUCAAGUGCUUCGUGGAUUGUUUUUGAAGGUCGCCGUCCCACCGCCGGUCUUUCUCCUUUUUCUUUUCGUUUUCACGGUUUUAUUUCACUUCUUUUUUUUUUUCCCUGAUUCGACAAAGAAAACGUCCCAAACUAUUUUUGGACAUUCCGAUUUUUUUUUUUUUAAUGUUUUAUUGAAUUUGACUUAAUUGGUCUAAAAAAAAACUGAAUGUUUUGAAUGAAACAGCAGCUCAGAGGAGACACGUUUAUCAGUGUCCACAGUGGACCCUCCACCCGGACUGGUGUCUGACUGGUGUCUGACUGGUGUCUGACUGGUGCUGGACGGGUCUGCGACUGGUCUCCAACCUGCAGCCUUUCUGAGGUGGAGGUGGAGGUGACGGAGAGCGCAGGACAGACAGAAGUAGGGAAUCCUGCAGACUUGCAGAGAACUGUUGGACUGGUGCCUGACUGGGCUGACUGGUGCCUGACUGGGCUGACUGGUGCCUGACUGGGCUGACUGGUGCCUGACUGGGCUGACUGGUGCCUGCACCUCAGAGUGAACGAACAGAAGGACAAACAACCUCCAAAGUUAAAGUGAGACGCGGCAGAUCCUUAUGUGACUGGACUCUUACUGGAGAGAGAAGUGACUUAAAAUCGUAAGCCGAAAGUAAGGCCAAACUAUUGUUGAACUGGUUUGUGUCUGGGUUAUUACGGGGUUCUGACUGGGUUUGAACUUUAGGAAAAGAAGCUAAACUUAAAGGGGGAGUCAACGAGACCAAUAGAAGAAGAUUUUUAAAGAAUCCAGAGAGACCAAAGCUGUUUUUACCUGACUGGUUGUGGUUCUGUCAGUGAUGGAGAAGCAGGGCCUGCCCGCAUCCUCCUGCUCUCUGGUUCUCCUGGAGGAGAACAAGAAGAAUCCGCACAUGCUGUCUAACGGUACCAGUUAUCCACCCGCAGCCACCAACGGCCUCUCGGGGGUGUCCGCUGGCGGCGGGCCACCUGGUGCUGUACAGGAGAAGGUGGGGGGCGCGACCACCGUGGCGGGGCCAGGAUACCAGGAGCGUGAAACCUGGACCCGGCAGAUGGACUUCAUCAUGUCCUGCGUGGGCUUCGCCGUGGGACUCGGAAACGUUUGGAGGUUCCCAUACCUGUGCUACAAGAACGGAGGAGGAGUCUUCCUGAUCCCAUACCUGCUCAUCGUGUUUGUUGGAGGAAUCCCCAUCUUCUUCCUGGAGAUCGCGCUCGGUCAGUUCAUGAAGGCCGGCAGCAUCAACGUGUGGAACAUCGCUCCGCUGUUUAAAGGUCUGGGCUACGCCUCCAUGGUCAUCGUCUUCUUCUGCAACACCUACUACAUCAUGGUUCUGGCCUGGGGCUUCUACUACCUGAUCAAGUCCUUCGGCUCCACCCUCCCCUGGUCCACCUGCGACAACCCCUGGAACACGCCCAACUGCAUCGAGAUCUUCCACCACCAGGACUGCAAGAACGCAAGCUUCGCCAACACCACCGUGGGCACCGGCAACAUGACCUGCGCCGACCUGACCGAUGCCCGCUCGCCCAUCAUCGAGUUCUGGGAGAACAAGGUGCUGAACAUCUCGUCUGGUCUGGGCGAUACCGGACGGAUGAACUGGGAGCUCUUGUUGUGUCUGAUAGCCGUCUGGAUUAUGGUGUACUUCUGCGUCUGGAAGGGAGUCAAGUCCACCGGGAAGAUCGUGUACUUCACGGCCACCUUCCCCUAUGUGGUCCUCGUCAUCCUGCUGGUCAGGGGAGUCACCCUUCCUGGGGCGUACACGGGCAUCAUGUACUACAUCAAACCGGACUGGUCCAAGCUGGAGGAGGCUCAGGUGUGGAUAGACGCUGGCACACAGAUCUUCUUCUCCUACGCCAUCGGCCUCGGAGCCCUGACCGCUCUAGGAAGCUACAACCGCUUCAACAAUGACUGCUACAAGGACGCCUUCAUCCUGGCCCUCAUCAACAGCGGGACCAGUUUCUUUGCUGGUUUUGUCGUCUUCUCCAUUCUGGGCUUCAUGGCAGCAGAGCAGGGCGUCGACAUCUCACAGGUCGCUGAAUCAGGUCCAGGUCUGGCCUUUAUCGCAUAUCCGAAGGCCGUCAGCCUGAUGCCGGUGGCUCCGCUCUGGGCGGCGCUCUUCUUCUUCAUGCUGCUGCUGCUCGGACUCGACAGUCAGUUUGUCGGGGUGGAGGGCUUCGUUACCGGGAUCCUGGAUCUGUUUCCUGGAAAAUACUACCAUCGCUACAAACGGGAGAUCUCCGUGGCGAUAUGCUGCUUGCUGUGCUUCAUCAUCGACCUCUCCAUGGUGACGCAGGGGGGGAUGUACGUCUUCCAGCUGUUCGACUACUACUCAGCCAGCGGCAUGACUCUGCUGUGGCAGGCAUUCUGGGAAUGCAUAGUGGUCGCCUGGGUCUACGGAGCUGACCGCUUCAUGGACGACAUUGCACGUAUGAUUGGUUACCGGCCGUUCCCCUGGAUGAAGUGGUGCUGGUCCUUCAUAACUCCAUGUGUCUGCAUGGGCAUCUUCUUUUUCCACCUGGUGAACUACAAGCCUCUGACCUACAACAACACGUACGUGUACCCGUGGUGGGGCGAAGUCAUCGGCUGGUGUAUGGCUCUGUCCUCCAUGCUCUGCAUUCCCGUCAGUGUCCUCUACAAGCUCGUCAGAGCCAAAGGCACCUUCAAAGAGCGCUGGGCCCACCUGACGACGCCAGUGUGGGGCGGCCACCACCUGGAGUACAUGGCCCCCGACAUCAAGUCCCUGGGCUCGCUGUCGCCGGGCACCGAUGAAAACAAGGUCAUCAUCUUUGAGAGCGUCAUGUAGACUGGACGCCAUCCUUCUCACCUGUGACAAGAAGGCCGACCCCACACCACCACACUCCGUCUCUGAUGACCCCCUCUACCCCCUCUACCCCGGCCUAUGCCUGGUUUACGCCAUCUACACCGAUCUACCGCGCUUUCCCUGUCUACCCCGCCCUACGCCCAGAGUUCCCCACAUACCCCGGUCUACCCCGCUUACCCUGUCUACCCUGGCCGAUGCCCGGUCUACCUGGUCUACCAUGGUCUGGUUUACUGACUUUCUCUUGAUUGAUCCGAUACAUCAAUCUAUUUUUUUACCAUCACCAUGGCAACCAAAGCUCUAAAGUAAUGAUGGAGCAGUCUUCCUGUCUGUCUCACUUGGUGUUGGGUCUUCCUGCAGUGGGACUAUUUCGUUUUGGGUGGUCGGGUUGGAUAUGCAAAUACACGAAAACCUGAUAACAACCAUGACACACACAAUCAGAAUGUCAGUGUGUAUCACCGCCGUUUAUCCAGGCAGACAGAGUUCUAGACAAACGUACCGACCCCAAAAAAGUUAACAAGAGUCUUUCACAUCGUAUCAGAUCUUCAGUCCUGCCGCUAAAUAUCAGGGUUGGACCUGCUUGGCUGCUGCCGCGCUGCUACGAUUCAGUCUGAGUUUGGUGGCAGGACUGAAGAACAAAAGCAAGUUAUCUUUUCGGAGCACCCAGCAAUCUCUGAACCGGAAGGAAGUCAAUCUCCCGUUGGUAAGCACUUUACAUGUCUCUUUGAUUGCUUUGGAUCAAUAUCCUAUCUCUGCUGUGCUCGUUUCCAUCUGUAAACGCCAAAACUGUGAACAACCACCUCCAACUGCUGAUCCCAGAACAGACCCAUGCUUCUUGGACCGCUGACUCGGUUUGCUCAGGUCUGGUGUUAGAAGGAAGGUUUCAGAGAGAAUUCAGUCACUUUAAAAAUCAUCAGCUAUCUUCAACACUUUUCUUUUGGUUUAUUAUAUCAUCUAACACAGGGGUGUCGGACUCCAGUCCUCGAGGGCCGCAAUCCUGCUUGUUUUAGAUGUCUCCCUGCAUCAACACACCUGAUUCAAAUUAAUGGUCGUCACCAGCUUGUCAUCAAGGUCUGUUGGUGUCACAGCUCCUUUUAUCACGGUGUGCUGAAGCAGAGAAACAUCUGAAACAUGCAGGAAUGCGGCCCUGGAGGACUGGAGUCCGACACCCCUGAUCUAACAUAUACGUAGCUCUCGGCCCAGUUCUUCAUCUUCUUUGCACCUUCGGGCCGCAUGUGGACCUCAUAUCCCAGGUCAGAACUUUCCUACGAAGCAUCCGGCUCAUACGACACAUGCUGGACCUAAGCAUGACCCAGUUGGUGAACUUUGGGACACGUCUGCCCUACAUGCCGUGACUGAGCCGUACGGCCAGAUUAGGCCCAAACAUGUCGGAUGUUUGCUUUAUUUCAGUUGCUGUUCCCAAAGAACUGCUGGAUCAACCACUAAAUCUUCAUGUUCAAACCAGACGGAAAUAAAAAUGAUCCAGAAACAUUAAGCCCCCUAAAGAGACAAAAGAAAUAACCCAAAAAAUGUAAUUUGAACUGAUAGUUGAACUUGUUUACCUUUUAGAGUUCUGAACGAGUUGGACAUCAAGCAGAAAUGUCAAACUUAACCUUCGUCCAGCAUCUUACUCGUGCACCCCAUCACCUGUUUGAGGUCCUGCUGGAUCCAACCUUCAACCUCUUUGCUCGUACCUGACCUCCUCAGGAGGCUGUCCGGGCCAGUGUGGGGAUCAGGUCUGGCUUCAUUCUCACAUUCCCCCCGGGGUCGACUCAAGUGCCAAACGGUCGAUAUUCGCCCUGCUGGGUUGAUCCCAGAACUGGGCUCCAGGCUGCCAAUAUCAACCUGCUCGCUCUUCUCUCUGCCUCGUCGCAUCAGUCUUGGGCCUGCCGUCGUCCUCCGACCCGACAUCCAGUCCUCCACCUGACCUGCUGAUGGCAGCAGGACCGGAACCAAGUCAAAGACUGGUUCUAUUUAGACUUCUCACCAGAAAGACAUCCAAUGUUUCAUACACCAACAAGGCAUUGAUGUUCUUUAACAAUGAAUCGAUCUUGCAAAUCGAUCAUCAUAGUCACUAAAUGGUUUACAAGAACCGUUAUUUUCUUGCCUGUAUUUCAGGGCGGUCACAGAUAAUGAGCCUCAACGGCUUCAACAAUGUGUGUGCCGUCCUGGCUGACUGUACGACGCCAGCGGGGUCAGUUGGAGGACGAUCCGAGCCGGAGGACGCGGGGCUCUCCAGUGUUGCCUUACGUCGUUGUCUUAACCCCGAGCCCAAACUUGACUCGCCAAAUCCAGAGCCUGACAGCACAUUGGCUCUGGUUUCAAACGGGUCCAGCCAGCAGUCUGAGGGGGCGUGUCUAAAACUCUGUCUCCUAGCAACCCCCCACCAACCACCCAUCACAGGGAAACAUGCUGAUUUGAAUGUAAGAUAUGCUAAACUACAUCGAUUUUCACAUUGUUGUGAAAAAAUGUUGCUCGCACUUUUAAAAGGAAUCAUGGUAGAAAUAGUUUUUGUUUUACAUUUUGUAAAAUUAACCAGAAGUUUAUUUUGUGGAGGCUUUUAUUUUGCUGAUACAUACAUUAUAACAAAUAUACACAUAUAUACAUAUAUAUAAAUAUAUAUAUAUUUAGAAUAUCUUUGUGUGUAAUCUAUGUUUGAUGCAAUAUGAGAUUGCUACUAUGACGACGAUGAUUUGUGGCUGAUUGUUCACGUUUAGCCGGCAAACACCAGCAACAGGCCGUCCUCAGCUUCAGGCCACCUCACUUCCCACUCAGAUCUUCAGAAUAAUUGUGCAGAUGUUCUGUCAGCAGCUGUGUGCAGGAGAAGAUCAUGGGAAGUGUUUCUCAGAGCAGAUUUCCUCAUCCCGUUCGCUGUUGCAGCUUUGAAGGCUCUCUAGUGCCAGCGAACGUUUCAAACGUGACGGUCAGGAUGUGAAUAAGAUGGAGGAAAGCCAUACGAGUCCUGGAGUAAUUGGAUAGAUGUAUACCUUUAUUUGACAAUGAUGUGAAGUGAGACGUGUGUUUGGAGCGUUGGCUGGAUUUCUGAGGCCUUUCAGCAGUAGUCCAACCGGUUAACGUGAACAAGCACCAAGGGGCUUUUAUUUUGGCGGGUUUGCUGUGACGCUAAGGUUGCCGAGACUUUGUGUGGCUCUGAACACACCACGAAAGGGAAUUUAUUCCUCUUUAUUUUUCUGACCUUUAAUGUUCAAAGUGCUCAAGUGUUUUCAGAGUUUUAGGUGAUUUUAGAUUUUUACUAUUUUUCUGUGUGUUUUAAGAACAUUUGCGUUUCCCCUCGGACCUCCCACGGCUCACAAACGCUGCAUCACUCGUUUGAUUUACGCGUCUUUACAUGGUGACAGAAGACGACCAUGAAAUUAAAAAUAAAAUAUUAAAUCACAAUAAAUGAAAAGGGCCGUUUAAUGAAAAACGGAAAACUACAGGAUUGUGUGGUAGUGCGCUAAAACUUGUAAUUGUUAACCUUAAAGUCCAACGCCAAUCUCCAAAACUUAAUUUCCUACUAUAUGAAGUUUAAGAGAAACUGUCAGAAAUUGUGGCUUUAUAAAUCUAAACACUUGUAAGAAAUGUUUCAGAAAUGUCCACUUCAUUAGGAAUAAAAAAUAUAAAAAAUUAGAACCAUAAAUUAGUAUGAAAAAUUCCACAUUCAUAACAAUUUUGAGAAAACUAACUCAAAUUCUGAUUAGUCAGCUUGAUUAUUUAACAUUUGAGGGAGAAAAUGAUCAGAACUUUUGACUUUCUGAACUGGUUUUAAUUCAGAAAGUCUGAGUUGUUUUUUCCCCGUAAUUUCUCUACACCCUGUGAUUAAAAGAAGUUUUUCUUCAAAUGGUUCUGAUACUGCAUGCUCAGUUCAGGCAGAUCCCAGAGGGAUUUCCUGUUUUCCAGCACACCAGAGCCCAGUUUGGAAGUCACUUGACUUAUGAUAGGGGUUUACUUUAGUCCUCAAUGACAGCAAUCUGUCUGAUCAAAGAAAAACAGGAAAGUCACUCACUUGAUUUUCAGUUUAAUUUUGAAUGAAAUCAGUUGUUAACAGAAAUCACAACAUCAUCAGCGUAGAAGGUGACACCAAAAACAGCGUCUGGUCUUCAGGAUCUUCAGGAUAAACCUGCAGGAAUCAGCAGGUUCUGAGCCCAAGACGACCAGCACGUUCUCUAUACUCAUCAUAAAUAAAGGUGGAAAAAACGUGUUUCAGCACCAGAUCAGAAACUUUUGUAGUGAUGUAUACAGCAAAUGGCCGACUUAAACGGGGAUCAUAAUGCAGAGCUGACGUUCAGCGUUCGUGCCACACAUUUUUCACUAAUCCAGCUAACCUGAAGCAGUAUUUCGUAGAAACUGGUUCAGCUGAUGUUUAAAAGUAGAAUCUUUUACUGUUGAAGAGUAUUCUCGCUUGUUUUUUUCAUGUUUGUGUCGUCCGCGGAGCCUGGGAGGUCAGACGGUCAAAGACUUCCAUCUGCAGCUAAAGAACAAAAAGACUAAAGACAGCGUUUGUUAAUGUUGAUGUUUCAUGUCUGUGUGCUUGUCUGCCAAAAAUCCCCAAAUCUGAUGACGUCUUUGAUUCAAAACCGACAAACCACAGUCAUUCAACCAAAACAGGAAACCAGCAGCUCGCGUUGUUUGUGGAGAAAAACUAAUGGCCAAUAUUUAAAUCUGCUUCCAUUUUCUGUGAGGUUUAAUCAAUGAUCAAAAAUAUUUAGACAAAGCUGGUACGUUGGACGAAGGAAAGUUUAUUUUCUAUCAGGAAAUAUUUUCUGAUGAAUCCGGUGACUUCUUUCUCACUUUUCUCUACAAACUCUGUGAAACACGUGGGUAAUGAGCAUUUACAGCUGGUGUUGUGAAUCAUCAGUGAACCCCAUAAUGAUGAUGUCACAGUGAUGUCACAGCGAUGUUCUUCCAGGUGAUGUACUUGCUAUGCAAAGAGUUAAGAGUCACUGAGUUUUUUGGAUUCACAUUCAGACGUUCAGAUGUAUUUUCAGACCUCAGGAACCAUUUGAACCCCCAGCUGAUCCGACCAGACCCAACCUGUGAUCCAUUUUAGUGCGAUUUUCAUUUCAUUUCCACAAAGGUAGUUCUGAUCCACUAGGAUCAACUAGAUCCUUAAACUUCCUUGUGUAAAUGUUGCUACUGCUCUGUGUAAAACUAAAUCUUCUAAAUUGUAGCAACUUUAAAAACUGUGAAAAAAUGCGAAUUUUUCAGAAAAUGAGGGAAAACUUGUGAAAAAAAAUUGAGUGAAGAAAAAUGUAACACUGCGUUUAAGAAAUAAAAAUGUCUUCCGAUAGAGACAGAAGGAGGUUGAAACUUGGACAGCAUCUCUGGUCCGAGUGUAUUCCUGCUAACUGGUUUAUCUGGUUUUUGUCCACAAGCUUCAGUCUGCUGGUUACCUGUGGUGGAGAGCGUCUGCUGCUGACGUCAGGGUGGAUGUCACACAGCAGCUUUAACUUUCACUUCAGCUUCUCCAGCCAAAGUCAUGCCAAAAGAGAUCAUGAUGUUCUUGUGUUGUUGUUUUUGGUUCUAUUUUUCUGACAUAAGAGGCAGGUUUGCUAGGUGCUACGUGAAAACAAAGGAGAAUAUCAAGAGUAUGAAACCUGACCUGGUGUUGGACGUUGCAGCAUUGGAACCAGCAGAGGGCGCUCUCCUCUGGCGGGAAAAGCCGUGCACGCAUUUGGGCUGGAAUCAAAAACACGAUCAUAAAAGAUGUCAAUAAAAUAGAGCUGCAACAAACUAUAAGAAACAAAACUGUGGCAUGUCUGAUGACAGGAGAAACGAAAGGGAAUACCCCACCGGUCAUCAUGUUGAGCGUUAAACACCUAGUAAAUGCUAGCAGUUUAGUUUGUCCAAAGGUCUGAUGGUUCUUCGCUGUUUUCAGAAAAAUUAUUCCCAACUCCGUUUCCACGUCAUCCGCAGAAAUGAGAACGGUCUGUGACUGCUACCCAGUCCACUUGUCCAUGUGGUCUCCACCUGGACUAAAGCUGGCUACUUGGGCUUGACGUGGUCUAACAGGUCCCUUAUGGUUUCACUAUAAUGGACCCUUAAGUCUGCGUCCAACACCUGGGGUCCGUGACACAAGUGGACACAAUGUGACGGUUCCAUUUAGUUUCAUAACAUUGGUUCCACAUUAGAAAAGCACCUAAGAUCCAGGUAAAUCUACUCAGAGUGGAUAUGGGCCCGCACAGGUACGACCCCCAGGCGACCUGUUUGCAGUCCACAUUUAACUUAUAAGACGCCUACAUACAAAUACUGGCUGGGAAAUUUUGUAUUGUUUAGAUAAGUUCUGUUUUUGACAUCUUCAUUAUUAAGUGCGACAUCAUCAGCAAACAUGUUCAUACUCGUAACUCAGUCAAAUGUGGAAAAAUGCGUAUUUUAAUAUUCAACAGUCUGAAAGCUAUCAGAUCCUCAGAAAUGCAGAACUUGCUUCCAUCAAGCCAUCAGCUUCCUAAGAAAUCACAACAUCAUCUGCGUAAAGAAUUGCCUCACUGUCCUGAGAAGGUCGUCGGUGACAAACAUGAACACGAAACAAGUAGCCACAUUUUUUAUUUUUGUUCUUCCUGUUCAGGCUGCCACACAGACACGUAACUGGCACGUUUCCACUUUUGGUCUUAAAUAAACACCAUUUUUCCCCAGUUGGGUUGUAAAUGCCGACAUUGAGCCAUGCUCGUGUUUCCAGCCCGAACGCAGUCACAUGGCGCCCUCCUUCAUCCCAGCGUCUGCCAUUCUGUCGUAACUUUGUGACUUCCUGUAAGCCGCAGUCUUCCUUCCAUGAAUUCAGACUAGAUGAUCUAUUUAGUAGCUUAACGAUUUAAUCUGUAGCUGUGAUAGUAUUGAAUGUCGGGGCUCAAUGUUAACGAAUCACCAGCCAAAAACUCGCAGAGUUGAUUCUGAAAGCGUUAACUCUGAGCCCUGAUGAUGCCAUCAGUGUUUCAUUGACCCGCUGGGGUCUCCAUGCUGUAAAGCUGUGAUCACUGUGCUUAUUCACCAAUGACUAAACCAAUGGCAAUAAACUAAUGUCAUGACAAACAGCU